GAACCAAAACGAUGUAUUGGAAGUCAAUAAAACAAACUACGAAUCAUGCAAUGCGGAGCACCCGCUUCACAAUUACACCACGGGAGCAGGAAGGAAGAGAUGUGGUGCCACUCAAUGUGACACGUGAUUAUUACUUCAUUAGCAGCAAAGGGUUUUGCUAUGGGGGCAUGAAGCUACAUGUACACGUCAUCAAUUUGCCACCACCACAAGCAGCAACUGUAAAAAGCCAUUCCUCAAGAUUUACUGAUGUUAAAAACCAGCUUUUUAUAUCCUUGGUGGUCGCUGUUGCUGCCAUUUGGGAUACUUAAAUGAAAUCCUACAGAAUGGGUAAAUGGUAAUUUUGGUUUUCUUUAAAAUUUAUUGUUCAGUAAUGUACUAAAGUGAAAGAAGAAAUUAACUUUUAUUGUAAACUAUAUCAUGCUUGAAUUUCACUUCUGUGGAAUAUGUGGUUAUAUUCUAAGUAUUAUAUUGAUUUGUAAAUGGUUUGUGUUGUAAACUAAUGUAAUUUCCUGUGUGUGAU